GCAUGUGCGCCUGAUUCGUAUGCGCUAACCGCCGUCGUGCACCGGGCCUCUCGUGGUCGGCGGCCGCUCCGCCCACCACCUCCCUGGCCGCCUCUACUCUAUCUCUUUUGUCUCGGUUUCCCCUGGCUCUCCACGAAACUUUGCUAACGAUUCCAACUGCCGGGGGCACGGGCCGUUGGUUGGGAUGGGCCUAUAAGUAGCUGGCCUCGGCGCGCCGCUCCCUUCACAGCCAAGCAACUCUCGAUCCCGUCCCUAAUCAGCAGCUCGAGCUCGCUUUAGCUUGAGAAGCAGCGCGUGUGUUUGCAGCAAUGGCGGCCGCCAAUGUCCUCCUCGUCCUGCUCUGCUCAACCUUCUGCUUCCUCGCCCGCCGGGCCGCCGGCGACUACGGCGGGUGGCAGAGCGCCCACGCCACGUUCUACGGCGGCGGCGACGCGUCCGGCACAAUGGGCGGGGCGUGCGGGUACGGGAACCUGUACAGCACCGGGUACGGCACCAACACGGCGGCGCUGAGCACGGCGCUGUUCAACGACGGCGCCUCGUGCGGGCAGUGCUUCGAGCUCCGCUGCGACAACGCCGGCCAGUCGUGCCUGCCGGGCACCAUCACCGUGACGGCCACCAACUUCUGCCCGCCCAACUACGGCCUGCCCAACGACGACGGCGGCUGGUGCAACCCGCCGCGCCCGCACUUCGACAUGGCCGAGCCGGCAUUCCUCCAGAUCGCGCAGUACCGCGCCGGCAUCGUGCCCGUCGCCUACAGGAGGGUGCCGUGCGUGAAGAAGGGCGGGAUCCGGUUCACCAUCAACGGCCACUCCUACUUCAACCUGGUGCUGGUGACCAACGUGGCCGGCGCCGGCGACGUGCAGUCCGUGUCCAUCAAGGGCUCCGCCACCGGGUGGCAGGCCAUGUCCCGCAACUGGGGCCAGAACUGGCAGAGCAACUCGCUCCUCGACGGCCAGGCCCUCUCCUUCAAGGUCACCGCCAGCGACGGCCGCUGCGUCACCAGCAACAACGCCGCGCCGGCCGGCUGGCAGUUCGGCCAGACCUUCGAGGGCGGCCAGUUCUAGCGGCCCAGCCCCGCGCCGCCGCCGUUCGACGAGGAUCCAUCGGUCGGCGUUCGGAGAAGGAAAACCGGCCGGCCUCUUCGCCGUAGUAAAGAAGAGAGCCCGCCGGCCAUUCUGAGGCUGCUUAUCAUUAGCACCCGCUUAGGCCUUUCCUUCUCCGACGACGACGAUGAUGAUAGGAUUAAGUUAUUUUUCUGUAUCAGUGAUUGUGUAGCCUUGGAUUAUGGGGAUUAAAAAAAAGAACCUGCAGGGCCAAUUAUUGUAGGGCAAGCUGCAGGGGAGUGUGUGGUGUCGUGUUCGUGUAACUUUUGUUGUUACAUGGGUUGGGUGAUCUAUCACCGAUGGCACCUUGGGACCGUGCCCAAUGCUUAUUUAUGGCCGGUCUGAACGUGCAGUAUAUAUGGUAUGCUUUGUGCUUUGUUGAUCUUCA